AUGCAGGCGCUAUUGGUGGCGUUGGCGGUACUGCUACCACUGGCUUCACUGCCCCUUGCACUAUGCCAUGGCCACAAGGCUCGAAUCGUCUCAGCAGCAGCUGCUGGCGCGGACGGCUUACCCGACGGCGCCAGGUGUACGCUCGACGCCAACCACCAACCCGUCGGCCUUCCCUGCGCCUCCAGCCCCUUCCAUUGCGUGGUGACCCGUGUUCCUACUCCCGCCAGCGCCGUCUUCACCGGUUUCUGCAAUUCUUCCUACGCUCUGGGUUCCCAUUGUAUGUACACGAGUCAACCGUACGCCGUGGGCACGCGGGGAAUCAAGGGCAAUCCGGCUUGCGCGCGCUGCACUUGCACCAACCAUCCCGAGAAGGCGCAGGAGGUGGCCGCCGUCGCCGCCGCUGCCGCUGACUACGCUGCCUCCAUAAACAGUAUCGAGGGAUGGCGCUUAGCGGGGACUCGGGCGGGAGCAGGUGGGAGGAGCGGUGUUGGAAGCUUGAUCGGGGUGAACACGGCGGAGUGCGACUGCGAGGACGUGGGGCCGUGCUACGUGGACUGGCAGGGCGACCUGGUGAAGGGACCCAAGGGGGACGGCAUCAUCUGCCCCGAGACCCGAAGGUGCAUGAUUCACACUGUGGGCGGUGGAGGACAGGACAACGAUGGCCGGCCAGUGGACCAGGGCACGUGCGAAGGGUUUGGCGAGGAGGCGGUGUGCGUGGCGGCGGGGAAGAGCUGGGGUCCCAAGUUCUACGUCGAGGGAACGGAUGGCGUGCCAGGCCCCAGAGGCCGCUGUGAGGAGUGCACGUGCGGGGAGAACGGCGCACUGCUCGCUUGCAACUUAGUUCGCGGAUGCGGGAAAGCGAGUGGCGGUAUGGCUAGCGCGAACAGCCUGACUAGCUCGGGCCUUGUGAGCAACAGGGUGAGCACUGAGAGCACUGACGGGUCGAGGAGGAAGAAACAUGGGGUCAAGAAGAAUGGGGGUAAGAAGAAUGCGAGACACAGUCACGGGAAGAAGGAGCGUGCUAACGUGGCCGCUAACAGGAAGGACUAA